AUGCACAAGGUGCUCCUUGUUCGCUCUCAGAUCUGUAGCAGCAUCAGUCACAGAUUAGACAUGAGCAACCUCGAAAAGUAGCCUCUUACGGUGGAUACAAACCUGGUGGAUUGUACUUGUCUUUCUCUUGGACUCCAGGUCACUGGAAACCCGGGAGGUUAUUAUUUUACGCACACGUGCUCAACGCAGUUCCCUGGAUGUUGGGAUUAAAAAACCUCUCGGAUCUUUUCUGGCACAAUGAGACUCGUGAAUUUAAUGGAUCUAAGCACCAAAUAGGAGUAAAAUCUAUUUUCGGGCAGCGCUUGCAGCCGGCAUGGCUUUACCAAACUCACCGGGCUCUCCCGAAUCGGGGAAGCCCAGCCCCAACGUCAUAGACCUGGGGACUAUCUUUGUUGACUCGGACAUCAUAUUUGGCUUCACAAGUCACCUGCUGAGGAGAAAAGCAAAGGUGGAGGGAUGUCCCAGUGGAGAGUCCGCGGUGAGCCCCAGGAAAAGAUUUCACUCAGCGGAGGAAGCGCGAUGCAGCAGCCGUCCUCCACCUGAGGGCGCCGGGUCAGUUUCCAUCACCGAGUCGGAGGAGAAAGGAGGCUUUUGCCAGCAGUGCCAAAGGAAGGUGUCGGAACUGAAGAAACAGGCGCAAACUCUGGCUGACCACAACUCCUUAAAGGACCCUGGAUAUGCAACCUUCCUGUUCGAUCAGCUCCAAACACCUGGGAGCCAUGAACCUGACUGCUGCCAGGUGUGCUCCACGCCUCUUCACCAGCUGAGGAAGGAGGCCUUGCAGGCACUCCACUCUCCUGUUCUCGCCUUCGGCUCAGACAUGGCAGCGUUGCCCACCACGUCCGCUCAGCAACAGCCUUCCAGAAUCGCUGGUUCGUCCGCAAGUGUCCAUGCCAAGCAGUUAGUGAAAGGCCAGUCUACGAACCGCUCUAUCCUGCCUUUGGGGGAGCGGCACAAAGUUCCAGGCUGGGCCCAGAGCCCUUCUGCCUCUUCGGGGUCUAAGACCAGUGUGCAGGUGACGGUGGCAGGAGGGCAGCUUACUGGAUCUUUGAGCACCGUCACCAUCCAGGCACAGCAGUACCUCGAUGGGAAGUGGAGCAUCUCUACAGUCAAUAACUUUCUGCCUCAGCCUAAGCAGGCCCAUAGUUUGAUGGGGGAUGCAGAAAGUGGUGUCCCAGCCUCCGAGGCGCCCGUCACCACCAUGACAAACACCACCAGCAGCUGCAGCAGCACCACCACCUCGCUGACGACCUGCAGACUGAAAGGCCCCAACCACCCAGGAAUCCCAGUUCCCAUAACCAGUGCAUCCGCCUCUUCUUCCUCAUCGGCAGCAACCUCCUUCUUCAUCAGGGCAGCUCAGAAGCUUAACCUCUCCUCCAAACGGAAGAAACACCAACCCUCCCUGCUCCACCCACAGGAGCCCUCCAUCUACCCAACUAAUUUCAGUGGCAUCCUGCAGGUCUCACCACCCCCGACUCCGCCAUGUCUCCUCCGAGCCGUGUCCAAAGUGAAAGAGAACCCAGGGAUGGGAAAGGUGAAAGUGAUGAUGCGAAUCUGUCCGUCUCUGGAGGCCGCGGACUCCUCAGAGUCUCAGUCUUUCUUAAAAGUUGACAGCAGGAAAAAGCAGCUGACCCUCUACGACCCCGCAUCCAGCCCGCACUCCAGCUCAGGGCACAGGAGGUCCGCCACUGUGGCCGUCCCAAAGAUAUUUGCCUUCGAUGCUGUUUUUACCCACGAUGCCUCACAAGCUGAGGUGUGCUCAGGGACAGUAGCUGAGGUCAUCCAGUCUGUGGUGAACGGUGCAGACGGCUGCAUCUUCUGCUUCGGCCAAGUCAAGCUCGGCAAAACAUACACCAUGAUUGGCAAAGACAGCUCCACUCAGAGCUUGGGCAUUGUGCCCUGUGCCAUUUCCUGGCUCUUCAAGCUCAUCAACGAGCGCAAGGAGAAGACAGGCACUCGCUUCUCAGUCCGCGUGUCUGCUGUGGAGAUCUUUGGGAAAGAUGAAGAGCUGAAGGACCUGUUGUCUGAGGUGUCAACAGGCAGUCUGCAGGAGGGCCAGUCCCCGGGAAUCCAUCUGAGAGAGGAUCCCAUCUGUGGCACUCAGCUCCAGAACCAGAGCGAGCUUCGAGCCCCAACUGCUGAGAAAGCCGCCUUCUUCCUGGACGCAGCCCUAGCCGCACGCAGCACCAGGAGGCCAGAUGCAGAUGAAGAUGAAAGGCGCAACUCGCACAUGCUGUUCACACUACAUAUUUACCAGUAUCGCAUGGAGAAAAGCGGCAAAGGAGGAAUGUCGGGUGGACGGAGCAGACUGCACCUCAUUGAUUUGGGAAGCUGUGAGAAGGUCCUGAGCAAAAGCAGAGAUGGAGGUGGAGGCAUGUGUCUUUCCCUCAACGCUCUGGGAAACGUCAUAAUGGCUUUGACAAAUGGAGCAAAACAUGUACCUUACAGGGACAGCAAACUAACAAUGUUGCUGAGGGAGUCUCUCGGCAACAUCAACUGCAGAACCACCAUGAUUGCCCAUAUCUCAGAUUCCCCAGCCCACUAUGCUGAUUCACUCAAUACAAUCCAGCUGGCUUCUCGUAUUCACCGUAUGAGGAAGAAGAAAUCAAAGUAUGCAUCCAGUUCAUCUGGAGGGGAAAGUUCCUGUGAGGAAGGCAGAGUUCGACGACCACCACACUUAAGACCGUUCCACCCUCGGACAGUAGCUCUGGAUCCAGACCUGCCAGCUCUGCUCAGCGACCCGGAAUACUCUUCAAGUAGUGAACAAUCUUGUGAUACCGUCAUUUACGUCGGACCUGGGGGAACUGCAAUUUCAGAUAGAGAGCUUAGUGACAAUGAAGGCCCGCCUGCCUUUGUUCCCAUUAUCCCCUCACUUAACAAGAAGAGAUCUGCAAAAGAGGGCCCUCAGGAUAGAGACCAGUUCUUUAAAUGCAACACAUUUGCUGAGCUGCAGGAGAGACUGGAGUGUAUAGAUGGUAGUGAAGAGCCCACUGCCUUUGUCGGAGAAGGCAAAAGAAACCAGGCUAGCCCUAAAACAGAAAAAUCCAAGGAAAACCAAGUCUGUAAUUCACCAAAGACUGGAGUAAAUCUUUACAACAACCAAGAGGGAAACUCAAGUAAACAAUCUAUCCCUAUUCAAAUAUCCUGCAGUGCCAAUGUUAUACCCAAACUUGAUGCCAACAAGAGGCACUGCAUGUCUUCAGAAAGAGUGCCAGCAGAGACUGUCCAAAAUGUAUGCAGAACCAGUGCAGAUGGUGAGAAGGUAUUGAUGUCUGAAUGCCAGGUCACCACAAACAGAUCAACACCUCCCAUAGCCAUAAGCUUGGAGCCUGUAGUAAGGGAGAAAGUUUAUCCCAACAAGAAAGCCUUGCCGAAGCCAGCUCCACCUCCUUCACAAAAAAUGGAAAAUCCUGAAAAAGGAGAACGAUCAGGCACCAGGAUGCCACCGGUGGGAAUGAGCCACCAAGCUGUUAAAAGAAGGGACCCUUGCACAUCGCCUUUGCUCAGAGCACCUGUAGAGGUGUGUCAAGUGCGCUCAACUUUAAGGGAAAGGUGCUUGGAUCGAGAUAUCCUUAGAGCUACUGUCACCCUACAGCAGCCAGUGGAGCUGAAUGGGGAGGAUGAGUUAGUGUUUACCGUUGUGGAAGAGCUCUCCAUUGGCAGUAUUGUAGAUAAGGGUCGGCCAUCAAGCAUUAUUAGCUUUAACAGUGACUGCUCACUUCAGGCCCUGGCUUCUGGUUCUAGGCCUGUCAGCAUUAUCAGCAGCAUCAACGAUGAAUUUGAUGCCUACACAUCAACUGUGGGAGGAUCUGAGGUCAACAUUGCCAUGGUGACACCCACCCAGGAGAGCACAAUGGAGUGUAUAGACAGCAGGGGAUCGUCUAUCAGUUCUUGGUUGAGUGAGGUCAGUGUCUGCACCUUGGAAAGUGAAGGGGCCCAUUCAACAGAUGUUUUCCUUCCACAGGCCCAACAAAUAAUGCCAGAGUCCACCUUUUACUUCGAUUCCCUUGAAAUGUUUCAUUGUAUGUCAUCCACAAGAGAUGCUAAGAGCUCCUUAAACGACAGUGGAUUCAGUUUUUCUGAACAAGACAGUGACAGUGCCACAUCAAGUAAACUGUCAUUGACGAGAUGCCCCCAAUCCCCAGAAUCAACCAAAGGGUCCCUUCGAUUUACAUCUAAAUUAUCCAAAGCUCACUCAGUGAGCUCCCCUCCACUUCCACAGGGCUCCUCAAUUGUCCACUCUAGUCUUCCCAGGAAGAUUAAACCUACCUCAUCCAUCUCUCAUAGCAGUAGCAGUAGCAGCAGCAGCAUUAGAGAUCCACCGAGGCAAGAAGCUAAACAGGAGGAUCCCUGGCAGCGCGUCAGCAACCACGCAGAACCUCAGACUUCUGACCCCAGCAGCACCAGCAGAUUUCUCAGAAAUCCCCCCUGUGGUGUCUUUUCCAGCAAAACAUCCAACAACAGCAACAGUGUACCUCACCCUCCCAAGGUGCAGGGGUCUACCUCAUCCCAGAGAGUGGUUGAUGGUUGUGAAAAGUCAGCUACCAGAAAUCCACCCAGCAGAAUGCCUCAGCUGAGGCGAGGAGCCACCACCCUGGGGACGGUGCCCGUUAUUCAAUCCUCCUCUGAUCACAAGGGAAGCCAAGAUAUUGUUUCAUCUUCUGGAAGCCUUAAAUUCUCUUCGCUAGGGAAGAACAACAAGGCUAACUCACAGAAAGCAAGUAAUCUCCCCAAGCCUGGCUGCACCUCACCACCUCCUCCUCCAGUUAGGAAAUCAAGCCUUGAUCAUAAGACUAAGAUUUUGCUUCCCCAAAGUGCCUUAAAGUCAGCAUAUGGAGAGGCAGCAAGGACCUAUGGGGGAAGGGCAGCUGUAUCAGAGGAUGAACUUGAGGUACAUCGAAAAGCAGACUCUACCAAUUUCAAAACCUCCAGCCUCAACACAGCCAAAGUUACCUCUAGCCUGAAGGCCAAAGGUUCUAAAGGAGAGGCUGGUCUGCAUUACGGCAGCCAAAUGUCACUUGAAAGGUGUGAAACCCUUUCUCUCUCUGGCUCCAGAGUUACACUUAGCAGGGAAAACAGUGGAGCAAGUCUGGGUAGCAAAUCUAACAAGUCAAUUCCAAGAUUUGGUAUUCCUAAUUCAUCUAGUUCUCCGAUAGCUACCUUCCAAUCUACUCAAAGUGGUGGAAACAACACAAAGCCAAGUCAGGCUAAAGCUUCUGUAAAUACGAGAGCAUUGGGAGCAGUUAAUGGAAAUAAAGCACGCUCACUAUCAGCCAAUAACUCCAAGGGCCUCAGCUCCUCUACUAAAUCUUUGGCCUCUCCUGUGACCAGGAAUACUAAUGCCAACCUCCCGCCAUCAGGACGAACAUCAGGCUCUCGGACUACUGCUCCAGUCCCAAAUAAACCUGGGAGAGGGACUAUCAUGGGCACAAAGCAGGCCAUCAGGGCCGCAAACAGUCGUGUGAGUGAACUUGCAACGGGGAACAUAUCAGGAAAGCAUGGCAGGGGUUCAGGAGAUUCAGACAGUGGGAAUGACAGUGGAGUAAAUGUGGCUGAUGACAAGUCUCCCACAGCCAUGCUGCCUUCUCCGUACAGUAAAAUCACUGCUCCCAGACGGCCUCAGCGCUAUAGCAGUGGUCAUGGCAGUGACAACAGCAGCGUGCUGAGUGGUGAGCUGCCUCCAGCCAUGGGCCGCACAGCUCUGUUCUACCACAGCGGAGGCAGCAGUGGAUAUGAGAGCAUGAUCAGGGACAGUGAAGCCACAGGCAGUGCUUCGUCUGCCCUUGACUCCAUGAGUGAAAGUGGGAUGUCAUCGUCAGGCAGAGCAAGGAGCUCCAAGUAUCCCAAGAAAAGAGCUAACGGCUUCCAGAGAAGGCGGCUUAUUCCUGCACCCCUGCCAGACACAUCGUCCUUGGGGAAAAAGGUGGCCCCAGCAGGCCAGUGGGUGGACUUGCCUCCUAUGUCUGGACAGUUGAAAGAGCCUUUUGAGAUCAAAGUAUAUGAGAUUGAUGAUGUGGAACGGCUCCAAAGACGGCGUCAGGAGGAAACCGCAGAGCAACCCUACCAAGAAGUUGAAAAUGGUCUGGUGUAUUUUAACAGCAAGUGGAGGUUGCUAGAGAGAAGGCAACAGCAGGUGAGGGAAUUAAGAGCAAAGCAUCAAGUGUUGUUGGAGGAGCUAGAGGACACAAAGGUUCGACUAAUGAUGGAUCCGAGCAAGUGGGUUGGAGAAUUUGACGUGGACCAAAGUAUGGAUAAAGAGUCUCCAGACUACCUGGAGGCCUUGGCGCAGGCCACAGAGGAGUUGGAGUUUUGCGUCAAUCUUUGCAAGUCCCACGUCAUGAUGGUGACUUGUUUCGACAUCAGCAUGCCGUCGACACCCGGCACUCAAGAGGGACUGCGGGAAGUUGAAGUCUGAGGACAAAAGCAAGUAGGAAUCAAAAAGAAAGUGGAAGUGAGAAGAAAAAGGUAGAAGAGAUGUAGCAGUCAGUCUAUAGAUAUCACUGGAAUGAAGUACAAAAGAGACGGACAGGGGACAAGAGCAGAGCUUUCCUGAAAAACAUAGGAGAUCUCGACCAUGUGAGCUACAGUGCCUCGUUGUCUAGGACAGAGCAGAGGAACGAAGCGUGAGCACAAACGCUGUUGUCUUCAUGGCAAAGCAGUGGCUAUCACUUACUGAAAAGUCGACAAACACCCUGAAGUGCCUUUUUUUAAUGUUCUUUUUGAGUCAUUAUUUUUCAUACAACGCAGGUGUUUUAAGCAUACCUGAACAUAACCCUGAACAUGUUGCUUUUAAGAAAAAAAAUAUUUUAUACCGCAUUGUAUAGUGUAUUUAAAUGAAUGUGUGGUGUGUACAAUUAACCUUUUUUUAAGUGGGAAAAAUAAAGAAAAAAUAAGAAGCAAUAAGCUAAUGUUAUUGCGGUCCCAGACUUUGCCUUUUCUCUUGUUUCUAACCUCAAGUCAGCAUUUUCCCCAUUGGUCAUUCAGCCUCUUGCGCCUUAAGUUCGAUUUGUAUUUCUGUAGUUUUCUAGACUUUCAAACUGGACUGUAUUAUUUCAUCACAGACCGCCUUUCCUCCUGUCAGCUGGCCUGUAAAAACUCACAGGGUGGAAAUGAUUUGUUUUCCCUACAGUUGCCUUUAUCAUAAUGGGUCUCUGUGGAUCAGCUGGUGUGUUUGAUGGCAAGCAAAGUUUAUUCUAAGUGUGCUAACUGAUGUUUAUCUCUCUGCAAAUCAGAAAAUGAAGCCAAAACAAUCAGAAAGGCACUGUGAUGGACAUUGAGAGAUUUUUCCACCCUCAGUUGUGACAGUAGGUCUAUGGAUGCUCAUCUUUGAGCUUAAUUCCUCUGCAGAUGGUUUGGACUAUGUAA